GCGGCCAGUCCCGGAACCGGCCACCGCUGGCAGCUCGGUCAGUGGGCGGCGGGAGAGGCGGCUGCGAGCCCCGGGACGGCCGGACCCCGCGUAAGCGCCGGGCGUAGGGGAGCGGGUGGCGUUGGCGAGUGGCCCCACAGGCGCGCGCGGCCGUCAGCCCGUCCCGCGGGUCUCCCGCACGACCCUCCGCCCCGUUCCCUCGGGCUGCCUCUGCCGUGGAAGUUCCCCACUACGUCCCUGUCCCGGGAACAGCUUCCCCCGGUGCGUGAGGCUUCACAUCCGCCUGGAUUUACGGCGGCCGGUGCUCUCCAGUCCUCUCUUUCCGCUGUGCCUGGCAUGAGCGAGGCGUGAUUUCAAAGUUCAAACGCAUAUCCUCCUUAUUUUUUUGGCAUCGGGGCGUUGUUUGUUGUCCAAACGGAAUUUUUUGGUCAAAUACUUUUAAUUUGCGGUGAAAAGCCACAGGGGAAAAGCAUUUUCCUGCCUCUCCUCAGCGUUGCUGAAGCGCUGGUGCCCUGUGCUGUCCCCAGCCCUGAGGAAGGCAGCUGGGCCUCGCAGCGCUAGAGCAGAAUGUGUCCUUUGUGCCUGGGAGGAUAAAGCGUGUGUUGUUGGGCUGUCCCACGUCAACACUGUCCCUCUGUGCAGUGCAGCCCGUUCUGCUGAGCCUGUUCAGCAGCCUCACAAGUGCAGUCUCAAGUACUUCAUGCUGUUAGAUGCCAAGAGCUUGUCUGACCAGUGCUGCGGCAGGAGCAAGAUUGACAGGCAGCAGUUUGAGGAGACUGUCCGGACGCUGAACAACCUCUAUGCAGAGGCUGAGAAACUUGGGGGCCAGUCGUACCUAGAAGGGUGUCUCGCCUGUCUGACUGCUUACACCAUCUUCUUGUGCAUGGAAACACAUUAUGAGAAGGUUCUAAAGAAAAUUGCCAAGUUCAUCCAGGAACAGAACGAGAAGAUCUACGCUCCUCAGGGCCUCCUUCUGACAGACCCCAUUGAAAGAGGACUACGAGUUAUUGAAAUCACCAUUUAUGAAGACAGAGGUAUGACCAGCGGAAGAUAAAGUUGUGGAGUCUCAGCAGAAAGCUCAACAAUGGACUUGCUGUAUCAAAGUUCCCCUACCUCCUACUUUAGAGCAUCAUUCCUUUCUCUGCUGCCAGAUCCACAGUGCCAUCUACUACAAGGACUAACUUCCUAAAACUGCUCCACGUGGGGUGACCUAGCUGGUCAGCAUCCAUUUUGUGGCAAACUUCUAAGCGAUGAGAUCACUUUGUAGUUGUUUGUUUGGGUUGGUUUGGGUUUUCUUUUUCCCAAGGAAAAUCAGAAGUGGUAAAGCUACUCAUUCUCCUGAAAGAAACAAGGCACUUAGCCCAACAGAAGUCUAGUUUUUAGUCACAGAAGUGCAGUGCUGUUCCUCCCUAGUUCUUAAACCCUUCUAUACAUCAAUCAGGCUUUGGGAAAUCUACAAAUCGGAGUUGGGAAUUUUCCAGAGACGAGGCCUUCCCUCCAGUUCAGUAUUGGAGUGCCUCUGCCUGGCAAGAAGCGACUCAAGGCAACGAUUAUUUGACUGUGCUGAUUCUCAUGGAAAAACCUUGAAGGCGAAAUGUUAUUUGUUGUAAUGUUUUGGUUAUUCCUAGAAAGGGGAGGAAUAGCCGGACUUUAAUCCUGGUGUUUUUUCUACUACUGUAUCUGUGCUGUUAUUGCAUCUGUCAGUGCUCACCAGAAGAGGGGGUCUAUUCAUUCAUCAAACAAUAACAAACAAUGAAAUGGAUGCUGAACCAAUAAACGUUAACGAUUCCUACCGUACUCUGAUUAAUAUGUGAAGUGUAAAACUGUUUCUUCAUGGACUUAUUAUAUAUAAUUUAUAGGAAAACGUUGAUUUGAUGAACUGUUAGAUGUUGUGUAAGAUGGUUUCUUUAAUUCUCUCUCUGCUGGCACACUGUUGAGAAGUAGAACUGUGCAUUAUUUAGCAUCCCCCCUGCACCCACAUUCCUCAGCAAUAUCUGCAGAAGUUCCCACAAACCAAGCUAGCUUGAUCAUUUUCUCUUAUAUCCUUUUUUUCCCCCCUUAUCAAAGCAAGGUCAUCCUGGUUUAGGCUCUGAAGGAAUGAAGGAGUUAGGAGAAGCCUUGUGCGGGACAGAUGAAGGGAUGUGGCUUUGGGUGGUACUGUAGGUGCUAAUCCUGGAUCUGAAAUUCCAGGCUUAUUACUCAGCCACUGAUUUUUUUUUUUCUGUUUGAUUUUAUUUUUCCCGAGAUUUAAGAUUUUAACUGUAUAAAACUUGUUUCUUUUCUAAACUGUAACGGCGUUUGCGUUUCACAUCUGUUGCGAGAUGGGCGGGAUGUACUAAUGGACGAGUAAAUCUUUUCUUAAACCGUG